AUGACGACGUUUGAGUAUCAAAAGAGUCUCAAAAAGCUACCAAUUCCGCCCUUGGGCGAUACAUGUCGUCGGUACCUGGAGGUACUGCGGCCACUACAGACCGAAACAGAGCAUGCAAAGACGGUGGCUGCCGUAACAGAUUUCAUUAAAGGUGCAGGCCCAGUUUUGGAUGAACAGCUCAAGGAAUACAGCAAGACACGUGACUCAUACAUUGAGCAAUUUUGGUACGAUUCGUACCUGAAUUACGAUUCGCCCGUGGUGCUCAACUUGAACCCAUUUAUUCUGCUGGAAGACGAUCCGACUCCAUUGCAAUCUACACAGCUUUCGCGUGCUGCUAGUCUCACCACCUCAUCACUCCGGUUUGUUCGUGCGCUCCGGCGCAAUGAGCUUGGACCGGACCGGCUCAAGAAUGGAGCUCCCUUGGAUAUGGACCAAUACCCAAAGCUCUUUGGGUCUGCUCGUAUUCCAUCACGUACUGGAUGUGUGCUUCAAACAGACUCUUUUAGUCGCCAUAUAGUGGUGCUGAGUCGUUCUCAGUUCUACUGGUUUGAUGUUCUUGACGGCGAUGAUGAUCUGAUUAUGACGGAAACGGACAUCCGUUUAAAUUUCAAGAGCAUUUUGGAAGACGCGGAGAGUGCUCCCAUCACGGAGAUAGCCAGGUCAAGUUUCGGAGUGCUCACCACGGAGAACAGAAAGCUGUGGGCCGGGUUACGUGAACGACUUGGAGACGACAAGGCCAACGACGAGAUCCUCAAAAUCAUCGACGGCGCACUGUUUGUGGUGUGUCUAGACAACGUUGAGGUGGAGAACCUCAAGGAUCUGGCAAAGAACUGCCUCUGCGGGCUUUCUGUUUUGGAAAAAGGUGUUCAAGUGGGUACUUGCACUAACAGAUGGUAUGACAAAUUGCAGUUGAUUGUGACAAAGAAUGCCAAAGCCGGUAUCAAUUUUGAGCAUACUGGUGUAGAUGGUCAUACCGUACUGCGGUUUGCUUCAGACAUAUACACCGAUUCGAUUUUGCGGUUUGCAAAGUCAAUCAACAGUAAUGCCCCUUCAUUGUGGAAAUCAUUUUCUCCAGACCCUUCCACUCGUGAUCCUGCCAGUUUUGGUGACGUUAUCACCACUCCUCGUAAACUCGAGUGGAACCUGACAAACGAAUUGUCUCUCGCACUGCGGUUUGGUGAAACUCGGCUUUCUGAUCUCAUCCAGCAGAAUGAAUUUGCAGCUCUCGAAUUCAAAGAUUAUGGAAUGGAAAGGAUCAAGAAGAUGGGAAUGUCCCCUGAUGCUUUCGUCCAAAUGUGUUUCCAGGCUACGUACUUUGCUCUCUACGGAAAGGUAGAGUGCACAUAUGAGCCUGCCAUGACCAAGAUGUUUCUGCAUGGUCGUACUGAGGCCAUUCGAACUGUUUCUAUGGAAUCGAACGAAUUCGUUACCAAGUUUUUCGAAAGCAAUGUUUCGUCUAGCGAAAAGGUGCGACUGCUCAAGGCUGCAUGUAGUGCCCAUUCUGCUCGCACGCGUGACUGCUCCAAAGGCCUGGGUCAAGAUAGACACCUUUAUGCACUUUUUUGUAUUUGGAAAAGGUAUUUCAACGAAGAGUCUGAAUCCGAGGAAUUUGAGUCCGAUGCUACUACUGUGAACUUCGAUUCACCAGUGGACCUUCGUGAAAUACCUGCGAUUUUUGCCGAUCCCGGAUGGGACAAGCUGAACAACACGAUUUUGUCUACUUCAAACUGUGGAAAUCCCUCUCUCAAACUGUUUGGUUUUGGCCCAGUUUCGCCCAACGGGUUUGGAAUUGGUUACAUCAUCAAAGACAACUCGAUAUCGAUCUGUGCGAGUUCCAAACAUCGCCAAACUCGCAGGCUUCUGGACACAUUAAAUGGAUUUUUGGUGGAAGUUGAAAAGAUUUAUCGUGACUCGAUUGCGCCCGAGGUUUCAAACGAGGCCAAAUUUGCAGAUGCCUUGAGAGGACGUCUUCUUCGGGUUAACAGCCCUCAUGCCAGCAGAGACUUGGCAGGCCUUCUCGGAGGAUACGAUUCGCUUGAACUGAAUGGCAAUUCUGACUUUAUCAAGUCGCGCGGGAAUUCACCGGAGCCACCUUUCCUUAGGCCCGGUCUCAAGUACGGAUUCUCUAGCCGCGAAAUCGGCAAGAAGCUGCGGUUGUCUGAGUAUUAG